UUUGUAGGAAGUCACCGCCAUACAUUCUACCAAGGAUGCGCUAAGGGCUGCUGUUGGGCGUGACCGGAGUCAGUUGGCUGCGGCUGUGAUUAGUAGUGCCCUUCGCCGUUCCAGAUAAAUAGUGAUGCUCUUCGGAUUCCUGAUCGCCCGGAUUCCCGAUCGUCUGGAUUCCCGAUCGUCUGGAUUCCCGAUAGUCCGGAUUCCCGAGCGUCCGGAUUUCCCAAGGCUCAUUUUCAUCUCUAUAUUGCCGAUUACGGUGGGUUUCUGACGACGUCACAACCCGAUACGAUAUCUACCGGACUGAGAUCUUGUAUUUUCAGAAACCUACUAAGGAGGAAUCUUAUAGGGUGCGGGCAUUGUGAGGAGCAGGAGGAACAAACAACAUUCCGGCAUUUUGCGAAGGAGGACUUUGGGCGUUUUGCGAGCAGCAACAUGCCGCGCGGGAAGGAACAGUACGACGAUGACGAUUGGGACGACGGAUACGACGAUGAGGACUAUGACGAGGACGAGGAUGACUAUGACGAGUACGAGGAGGCCGGCCGGCUGCAGGCGAAGACCCAGAAAGGGGGGAAGCAGCAACCGCAAGCGAAGCAGCCACAAACGAAGCAACCAGCCCAGCAGCAGAAACCGCAGCAGCAGCAGCAGCAGCAGGCAGCGGGGAAAGCCGCUUCCAAAUCACCGGCCUCCAAGGCUGGAAGCGCAACCACUGACACCCAGGGGGGGAUGUGGAGGUGCCCUGCGUGCACGUUCGACAACCCGGCGCUCUUCCUCGCAUGCGACGUCUGCAGCGCCGCCAGACCGGCAUCAGCAGAACCGUUUGACUUUGCCACCCCUUCGCCUGAUGAAGCCAUCCGCUCUGCCCUGAAAGCAGGACACGUGGCUCCACGUGGUGCUGCCACGUCAGCAGCCUUGCCAGCUUUCGCUGCCACAACCACCACAGCGAAAAACGCCAGCAGCAGCAGCACUAGCCGCGUGUCCAGCUCAGCUUCCCCAGCUGCUGAUGUGGCAGCAGCAGGUGUCGGCAAAAUGCAGAUCGCAGAAGGAAGCAGGAAAGAAGCUUCGCCUAGUGCUUCUACAACGGCCACAACUGCUGCUACAGGCGCUACAGCCGCUACAGCUGCUGUAGACCCGAAGACCGUGGGAGUGGGAGAGGGGGAGGGGGAGAGGGAGGAUGAAGAGGAGAGGAGGCGGAAGGCACUGGAGGCGUAUGAGGCAGAGGGGUGGAUCAGGGAGGGGCCGAAAGGAGGAGAGGAUGGUGGUACCAAGCCGACCCUGCACCUCAUUGUGCUAGGGCAUGUGGAUGCUGGGAAGUCAACCAUCAUGGGCCACCUGCUGCACAAGCUGGGGCGCGUGAGCAACAAGGAGAUGCACCGUGUGCAGAGGGACGCCACCAACCAGGGCAAGGGGUCGUUUGCGUUUGCGUGGGUGCUGGAUGAGAGCAGCGAGGAGCGGGCAAGGGGCGUUACUAUGUCCGUUGCCAUGUCCAGAUUUGAAACGCCAAGAUUCAACGUGGUCCUGCUCGAUGCACCGGGCCACCGGGACUUCGUGCCGUCAAUGAUUGCCGGCACGGCUCAGGCCGACGCAGCUCUCCUGGUGAUAGACGCCACCCCUGGCGCCUUUGAGGCGGGCAUGGGGGGGGGGCAGGGCGGGGAGGACGUGGGGCAGAGCAAGGAGCAUGCGCAGAUCGCCAGGAGCCUGGGAGUAGAACAACUAGGCGUGGUGGUCAACAAGAUGGACGCGGCUGGGUUCGACCAGGGGGAGUUUGAGCGGAUCAAGGGUGUGCUGGGACCGUUUUUGACGAGGCAGUGCGGGUUCCGGGAGGGUAGCGUGAAGUGGGUGCCGCUGAGCGGGCUGGAGGGGGAGAAUCUGGACAAGCCUCCUACCGACGACCGGCUCAAGAAAUGGUAUAUGGGGCCAACACUCCUGGAAGCCGUUGAUUCGUUCUCACCUCCUCCUAGGGCUCUCAACCGCCCGCUGCGCCUGGCGAUAGCAGAAGUGCUUAAAACGAGGGGGCUGGGGCAGGCAGGCGUGGCGGGGAAAGUGGAGUGCGGGGCCAUGCGACCCGGAACCAAGGUGCUGGUGAUGCCAGGUUCCUUCUUGGGCACUGUUAAAGCCCUGGAGAGGGACGAAUCGCCCGUGGCAGCAGCAUGGGCAGGGGAGAGUGCCGAUGUCGGGCUGCAGGGCGUGGAUGCCAAUCAGCUGCUGCCAGGUGGCGUGUUGUGCCACCCGGACUUCCCCAUCCCGGUCGCUACAAGAGUGGAGUGCCGCCUUCUCACUCUCGACCUCAAGAUCCCCCUUCUGAGAGGCACUAAUGCCAUCCUGCACGCGCAUGCAGCCAAGGAGGCGUGCCGCAUUGUGUCCCUCACAGCCAUUCUUGACUCCAAGACAGGGGCGGUUGCGAAGGCCAGGCCCAGGGCCGUGGGCUCCAACCAGAGUGCCAUAGUGGAGUUGUCUCUCGAGCGUGGUAUGUGCCUUGAAGCUUACUCGGACUUCCGUGCCUUUGGCCGCAUUGCUCUUAGAGACGGCGGUCGGACGCUUGCAGUUGGGAUUGUUUUGAGGAUUCUUGUGAAGACUACGUCGUGAGAUUCCUAGUGUCUUGUCCAUAUUCAAGCUACCUGACUAACUGUAGCAUAAAUUUGCAAGAACAAUCGAGGUAGCAAGGUGUAAAUCAAGUUUGGCAAGCUAUGCUACAACGUUUAGCAAAUGGCGCAUUAGUGUAUUUCACAACCUGACUGUAUGUGGUCUUGACGUCUGACAAGGGUUUUAAAGCCCGAA